AUGGCAUCUCAUCAAACUACCGUUACUACCGUUGGUACCAAAGACAAUGAACUUUGUUCAGUCCAAAAUUGUCAAGAAACUUCUAACGAAGAAUGUCAGAAUGUAAUGGAGAUUCAAGAAAUGCACGUUCGAAAACCUAAAGUUUCUCAAAGUAAUUUCUUUCUGAAUAAGCCUUUUAAUUCUCCUACAGAUAACAUUUUAUCUCCCUGUACCAAGAUGUUACAGGCAAAGAAAGCGAAAAACUGUGAAGGUGCCAAACCCAGAAUUCUCAGUGGAAUUUUUGCCAAAGUGUUGAGAGAAGAACAAAAGAAAAAAGUUCAAGAGUAG